AUGUUUUCGGCUGCUUGGGAGUUCACAAAACGUCACAAGGGAAAAAUCAUCACUGGUAAGUUUUCUUUCGUAUUUUUUCAGAUAAAAUCAUAAAUUUUCAGGAGGUGUUCUUGUUGGAAGUGCCAUUGCAUAUGCAACUUCGAGACCAACACUAAAGAAUUUGGAAACUGCUCAUGCUCAUGAAGAAUUGCCAAAUCAAGCUCGGCGCCAUUAUAUUUUUGAUUCAACACAUCGUUCUUGCGAUCAAUCAAUUACUGAUUUGAUUCCUUCAAUUACUUCGCAAAUUGAAGGAAGAUUUGAAGUCGAUUCAAUUAGAGAGAAAUUGAAUGCUCCGGAUUUACCGAUUGAUCAGAAAAUUCAAUUAUGGGAUCUUCUCAAGGUAUGUUUGGGUUUUUUUUUUUGAAAAGGAGAUAGGAGAUAAAUAGAAAAAAAUUGGAUGAGAAUUAAUUGAAAAUUCUGAUAUUAUUGAAAACUCCUAAAGCAUACUUUAGAAAAGAGUAACCUAUAAUAAUUCAAAAUUUCAAUUAUUAUCAUUUUUCUAGAGAAACGUGUUUUGCCGCAUUAUCGCAGUUGCAUAUUGUUUCUCAAUUUUGACACUCACUCUCAAGGCUCAAAUCUCGAUUCUUGCCGCAGAUACUUGUCUUCAAUUUGAAAAACGGAAAACUCAAUCUGAUUGGUUUGUUAAAUCCAUUUUCCUACCAAUUUUUUAACCAAAACCAACUUCAGGAAAUCAUAUCUUCCGGAAUCAUUGUCUUCACUCAUUCCAAAUACUCCACAACCAGCUCAAAAUAGUAGUAUGGAAGUUGGAAAUCGAAGAAUAUUCUUGCAAUGUGUGCAAUAUUUCACACUUCGAGGUUCAAAUCACCUGGUUAUUUUUUUUAGAAAAUUUAUAAAUUUUCAGGUGUUCCUCAAUUGAUGGAAUCAAUUCAUGAAGCGGUUUCGGAAGAGUUGAAAGAUUGGCAGUUGAAAGAUGUCAAAUCGAAAUAUGACGUGAGAUUGAUUUUUGAUAAAAUUGGAACACGUGUUGGAACUCAUGGACUUCUCACAAAAUUAGUUGCACCAAUUGAAAAUAAUGGAAUGGAUAUGAAUAGCAGUGUUGUGAAGCUUCUUCAGAAAUUGACCUCAAAUUUGGAAUCUGAUAAAAGUAUUAAUACUUUAAAUAGCUUGCUCGAUUUCUAUUUUUCUGCAUCUCUGAAGGUUUGAUCUUUUGUAAAGAAAGAAAUAAAAUAAAACAAAUGAUAUUGUUACAGAUGGUUGAUAGUGAAGAACAAGCGAUUGUCAAAUAUAUACCAUCAUUAUCAAAUGCUUAUCCAAUUUUGACAUCAACAUCUUUUGAUAGCCCACUUUUCAAUUCAUUAUAUUCUUCCGAUGUUCAUCAAUUUGCUGUUUAUGUAUUUAAUUCUUAA